AGAAACACAUUCCCGAACCUUGAAACUUUAAAUUUUGGCUUUGCCUCUUUGUGUGUAGACACAUAUAUAUAGCUCGGUGUUUAACUUCAGUGCACUGAUAGAGCGAAAAUAAGUUACGCUGUCAGUGUAUAUAAGUUAAAUCCGACAUAUCGACACAUAUAUAUGGCUGACCUAUCAAACAUUGUAGUUGAAAACAAACAGUCACCAAGAACAAAUACCAAACAUCCUGUGUAUAGAGGAAUACGGUGUAGAAGUGGGAAAUGGGUGUCUGAAAUUAGAGAGCCACGUAAAACUACAAGAAUAUGGUUAGGAACAUUUCCUACACCAGAAAUGGCUGCUGCUGCCUAUGAUGUUGCUGCAUUAGCUUUAAAAGGAAGUAGUAAUGUUGUACUAAACUUCCCUUGUCAUGUCAAUUUCUAUCCACAGCUCCCUCCCUCACCAUCUCCGGCCGAUAUACAAAGCGCGGCAGCCAUUGCAGCCGCGCUGAUGAAGAAAGAAGCCGGAGAUGGCAUAGUGGUGGCUCAACAAGGUAAUGAUGAUAAGUUAUCAGGAAACAGUGGCGGAGCUACAUGUAAUGAAGGGGAUUCAGUCGGAGCUACAUGUAAUGAAGGGGAUUCAAUUGAANUAUAUAUAUAUAUUUAA